GAAAACAUGGCUCAGAUUCAGAAACCUUUGAUAGCGAGGGUCGGUUUGUUCCCGAGAAAUUCGAAGAAAUAUUUUCAAAAUAUGAUAGAGAAUUUAAAGGUGGACUGAGCUUUGGUGACAUUCAACGCUUAAUUUAUGGUAAUGCAAACGCAUGUGAUCCCUUUGGAUGGACUAGUACCAUAUUCGAAUGGGGCAUUUUAUUUUUGUUGUGUGCUCAAAACGGUAUUGUUUCCAAAGAGGAUGUCCGAAGUUCAUAUGAUCAGAACGUGAGAAGAAACGCAAAUAUCAAAAGUCUUACUUUCCCAUAUUCUAUAAAAAUGGACGCGGGAGUUUUAGAG